UGGCGCACUCAAGGCAUUCGCCCUUUCCGGCCCUUUCCCUUCCUUGCAAGUAGCCGCUAUGUUUGUCCGCCAUGUCGUCUGCGCCUCUUCUCGACUACAACGUCACGCCCGCUCCGCCACUCGACACGCCUGUUGAAUGCCGAAGCCAACAAGGACGACGAUACGAAGACUGCCACUUACAAGCCUAUCGACCCUGAAGAUGCGAGCCAGACCGAGUCCAAGGACAGUCCCCGGGACCAUCUAUGGCCAUUCAACAAGGAAGAUUUGAACGCGUCCAAACAGAGCGGCCAUUCGGAAACACCUGCCAACAAACAUGAGCCUGGGUACAAAUUCGAAGGGGUGGAGCAUACGCAGAACGCCGAAGGGGAUUCAAGUCCUGGUUCAGAUGUCGUCAGGAAAAUACUCUUCCCUCGUCGAGUUACAGUCAGGCAAAGGCCUUCGCAGUCAGCCGAAGGAGAUGACGAGGCUCACAAACCCACAGUCGAUUUCUUCAAAUCGUCAGACCCGUCGAGUGCUCCUUCGCCCUACGAUGGUGGCGCCAUACAAUCGUUGAGAGACGCCAUGCUGUCUAUCAAGAGCAAUCCCAUAUCUUUCCCUAGAAAAACAUUAAGGAGGUUACGGGCAAGACGCAAGCGCUUUGUAAACAGCCCUGCGCCUCAGACUCCUGAACGUGUCGCCAGAGCAGAGAAGAAGAGAGAAGCCGAUGAAAAACGUGCACAAAAGUUACUCGCUGCAGACAUGAAGACUAUGGAUGCAUCGGGCAUCAAGAUGCAGCGCUUAGAUGUUGAACAACCUCGUGUUCCUCGUUUACAUCACGGUCUUGACCGCGUCCUUUUCACCCAAGGCGUUUACCCACUCCAAGACAGACGUUCAAAAGUCUUCAACUUCGAUCCCUACUUGCAGAAGAUCAUGCCAGUCACUGAGUUUGAUUACGACGCCCUCACUGCGUACCAGACCUCUUCCAAGGACAACUUCCUCUCGGAAUUCGCNAAAAAGCAUGGCAANAAAUACGUCGGUUCUACCUCCAGCAUGACGAGUACAUUGACUCAUUUCCACUAUCUCCUCUCUGCGUGGCGCAAAAUCAACACCGACAUGUUUUCCAGGGACUUNCCUGAUACCCUGCAAAGCUUCACGGUACUCAACCGUAUCCCUACUUCCAUCUUCCUGAGACGCAAAGGCGACACUUACGCCGUUGACGCCGACAAGGAACACGACAGUGCCAAUGUCCUCAUGUUGCUCGGCAGAUCCAUGGAGAAACUCUUGACCAUGCCGACCCCCGAGUUCGAGCGGUACAGAAUGGACAAAUCUAGUGGCAUCUCUGAGGUUGAGCGGAACAAACCCGAGUCUUACCACUACUCCUCGCUGGGUGAUUUCCUGUUACGAUCGCAACUGGACGCUCAAGAUGAUCGCCUACCUGGGACAGGCAUGUUCGAUCUCAAGACGCGUGCUGUCCUUUCAAUCCGUAUGCAAUCCCAAGAUCACGAGCCGAUGACCGGAUAUGAGAUCACACAAGCCCAAGGUCAGUAUGAGAGCUACGAGAGAGAAUAUUACGAUAUGUUGCGUAGUACUGCACUCAAAUACUCUUUGCAAGCUCGUAUGGGUCACAUGGACGGCAUUUUCGUUGCAUAUCACAACGUCAAGCGUAUAUUUGGCUUCCAGUAUAUUAGUCUUAACGAGCUCGACCGCGCUCUUCACGGUACGCACGAUACCACUUUGGGUAACCGUGAGUUCAAUCUCAGUAUCAGCUUGUUGAACGAAGUGUUUAACAAGGCUACUGAGAAAUUCCCUGAUCAGACCAAGGCUGCUGAAACGCUUCCGACUAUGCAAAUCUUUGCAGAACCCAUGAGUGAAGAGGACAUUGACACGAUCCAGGACUCACAAAAGGAGAAGAUCGCCGAGUGGGAGCGCAAUCUGCGUGAUCCAGCUUCCAAGAUUCCCAAGGAGCAAGUCAGUGAGCCUGCAAAGGAAGACGACGGCGCCGUCGACGAGUUUAGCGACUCAAGCAGUGACUUGGGUCAAGAAGCGGCUGCAAAAGACGUUUCAGAAACGUCCGAAACUCAGUCAAAGACGACUGCUGCACAAGAAUCAGAACCCACCGAAAAAGACACAAUUGUCAAGGAGAUCGAAGCCAUCCCCGAGACAUCCGAGUCAGAGCCAGAAGCAAAGCCGGAGUCGGCAGCAGACACGGACAAACCCUUAUUGGGAAUGGUCCUCGCAGUUCGUUCCAAGGUCAAUGGUGUAUACGUCGAACGACCAGAGAUGCUCAAGAAACACCACGAUUGGUCAAUCGAGUAUAGCUUCACUGAACUCAAGCCUGCACAGGCAUGGAGAGAAUACCUUGCAGCCAGAGCGCGGCGCAGGAAGACAUAUCAGAAGCUCAACAACAAACCCGACAAGUCGGAUCCUGACAGCGUUGAGUUAAGCUACAACGAUCACUAUAUCAAUAUGCUCAAGGAACUCAGUGAGAAGGGCAGGAAGAUGAGGGCUGGACUGGACGAGAAGGCAGCAAACAAACCAAAGAUAGUGGUUGGCAUGCCGUACGUCAAGCCGUCNAAGAGUGAGACGUCGAACACAGACGAUGUGAGCAUCGAGAGUGUUGACGAUUACUUGACAUGGCUGUACAAAGAAAAGGCAUCUCCUGUUGAGGAGGUAUGA